CCACGGCACGACUAAAUCCAUCUAGCUUAAAUUCUAAAAGCGACUCAAAAAUAAAUCAUGGAUCAUACAUAAGGCACCAUACUAAAAAGUUGUGAUUAUUUCAAAGUGUAUAAGUUAACAAUAAGCCCGAUUUAAAUGAGCUACUUCGUAGUUUUUAAAAUGGACCCGGAAUAUGACAAUGUCAAAACGGAGGAUAGCUUUAAAGACAUAGAAAUAAUAAAAGAAGAUAUGAUAAGACCAAAUCAAGAGGAUGAGGAUCCUGAAAGUGCAACAGAAGAGAUAGAUAGUAUUCCUGAACCACAACAUGUUACAAACUGGGAUAUAUUAGUGUUGCUAGUUUCAAUAUUUAGUCAUAUUAUAGACGUCGCUUUAGAUAUCAAUCUGGCUUAUCGAUAUUUUAGACAUAAACAAACAGUUUAUUUUGUACUCACAGUAGUUUUCAUUCUCUUCCCCGCUUUUGUAAAUACUGGGAUAAGUAUAAGAAUGUAUAUGUUUGACACAGAGGCUGCAUCUGUCACAAAAAUGGCAGUGAAGAAGUGGACUAUACGCAUUUUUGUUCUGCUGUUUCAGCUUGCUCCAAUCAUGAGGUAUUGUGACUCGUUGGACUAUGCCCUGAAGUCACGACGGGCUGAGCGUAUCAAGGACCGUGUGAGUCAGCGCAGGUAUUACGAACUGAUGUUGAAGGAGGACUCAGACGUUGCAUUGCUGCGAGUGUUUGAGUGCUUCCUUGAGGCGGCUCCCCAGCAGAUACUCCAGGUGGCUAUUGUACUUGUGGAGCGAGGACAUGGAUCUACUUUUCAGUUGCUACAUCAGCUUGGCUCAAUAGCCAGUUCGCUGCUGUCGAUGGCUUGGUCCAUGGCCUCCUACCACAGAUCCAUCCGGUUUUGCCAGAAAGAUAAAACCAAUCUAACAUGGUCUGGGACAGCCAUGCAGUUUCUCUGGCACUUCAUGAUCACAGUAUCGCGCAUCCUUUCCAUAUCAGCUGUAGCGAGUUCGUUCCCCAUCUGCACUGGCGCAGCAUGCGCCGUUCACUGGCUGCUCAUGACACUCUGGCUCUCCAUAUUCGAGCGCACACAGUUUAGCCUCAUCAAUGACAAAUCUUCACGGAGCGAACGACUCUACGAGUUUGUUUUCUGCGCCAUCUUGGGUCUUGUCUACAUUUUCACUUAUUUAACACCAUCUGACGGAAGUACCAGGAACCGGUAUCUGAUCUACUACCCGAUUUGCUUCGUAGAGAACGCAGCAGCUAUCACAACUUGGGCUCUCACUGCUGACUCUCGAUUGCAGUCAUCGUGGUACUUCCUUCCAUUCUUAAUCAGUGGGAUCGUCCCAUUCCUGCUCGGGAUCGUGUUCAUGAUCCUGUACUACAAGUUCUUCCACCCGGAAACGUCUAGAAAGGUAGGGGUGUCUUUGUACACAGCGAAAGAACCUAUUACAGAUUCAACCACACAAACGGACACAUGUAAAAAUGAAGAAACGCGCAAUCUCGAACCCGUACUUUGAUGAUUCGGUUGUUGAUAGGUUGACCAGUUGCAUUGUUGUUUUUAUUAUAACUAUGAGCACGGAAAUAGGUGAGUAAGAGAGAUUUUUUCCAGAAAGUAAACCAUAGAUACAAGUGCUAUCCAACUUAUUUAGCUUAUUUAUUUAUUAUUUUACAAAUUUUAUAGUCUACAAAAUACUACUGUAUUUCCUAUGUAUGUCAUUGCAUAGAAUUUUAUAGGUAGGGUUUCAUUGAGCUGGAAAAAAUCUUUAUUACUUGCUGUUUUUAUGCUCUGGUCUGUAGGUUCCUAUUUAAUUGAGAAGAGUCCUUUUUCAUUUUUUUCUGAGUGAAUGAGAAGUUAAAUUCGGCCUCUGACUAGAUCUUUGAGUUCUAUUGUUUAGUUAGGUUAUGCUAGUCUAUUUGUUUAGUUGUAUCUAUCCAGUUUCACUCAGGCUUUAUCAUGCAUAGUUCCACUUUUUACAUGGAUAUAUGUAUGAAUCAUUGUAGUGAAACAAUCCUCAGAGAAAGAUAUGAUCUUUUACUGGGCCAAUAUUAACUUAUUUAUUUUAUUUUUUAUCUAUCUCCUUAAUUCUUUUAUCUUAAAGUAAAGUCCUUAUUGUCCAUCCAUAAUGUUCCAAUAAAUACUGAGAAGAACCUUUAGUGUUAAAACUUAGGCAAAUAAAACCCUAUUAUAUGCCUUGUUCUUUUUACAUUAUCUAAAAAAAUGUGGUGCUCAAAUUAUAAAAAAAAAAUACAUUUUGAAUAACUGAAAUAAAACUAUUGUAAGUUAAAUAUCUGUUCUAAAAUGUACUUCAACGCCAAAAUAUGCCAAUCCCUUCAAAAACCAAUCAUGUUGACCCUUGAAUUUUCAUCAGAAGUUCAUGUACAAGGAUUUAGUCAACCUUAGAUUGUACAAUUUGUUUGUAUAGAAGUAUGAAAUACGUAAGUUACAUUGAACAGUAAUUUAAAUGCCAAAAUAUCGUUAAACACUAGUAAAUUCUAUGGUACUAUCCACAAAGUUACCCACUAAGAAGAUUUUAUGCAUAUUUUUUUACUCUUCAUAAUUUGGGGUGAAAUCAUGUCCUCAUUGGGUUUUUAAAUACAUGAUCCAAAUUAUUUUGUAUUUGCUCCACAGGGACAUUAUUAAAUAAAUAUGGAUAUGUUAAACAUAUAUAAUUUAUGAAGUAAUAUUAGCUACAAUAGAAUAAUAUUUAUGUUUUAUACCUCAUCAUUCUAAUCUAAAUUUUGAUCUAUAAAAAUAGGCACCGGUACAUUUAAAAGUGUGAUUGAUUAUAGUCAUACUUAAUUAUUAGUCCAUGAUCUUUCCUAUUAUAUUGGUUUCAUUUUAUACAAAUUAUAUUUUGUGAUUCAAAUAAGAUUUUUACCCAAUAAAUAGCUGCUCAUCCAGGAAUUAUUUAUCCAGGAAAGCAGUCAUUUUUGCUUGCUCCUGGGUAGAUUUGAAACUAGAAUCAUCGACACACAGAUAUAGCCCACUUCUAUGUUUACCAGUUACAGUAUUAUUUGGUUGUAGUGCUCGCCUAGAAUCACAAGGUUGCCGGUUCAAUCGUGAGAAAAGUCAGUAGCUUUUUGAAAAUUCGAAACUAAGCCCAGCUGUUCGUCAUCAUUGGGCUUUUAUUAAAUGAACUUUGCUGUUACAUUUUGCUCUACAUCCAUACUACAUUCAUAUUUUGUGUUAGUGCACACAGAUGCGCCGUCCCAUUUUAAAUAGCAUUAACACUAAAAAGGUUCCAAAUAAACUCUUUUGGAUCUCCAUUAUUUAAUGCUUUUUACAACAACAUAAUUCAAGAACGAAUUGAUGCUGUUUGGCCUCCAUAAAGUUUUUAAAGUGUUUUUUUCUUGAAAAUACAUAUUAAAUACUUAUUAUACAUAUUAAAAUACAUACAUAAAUACAUAUUAAAGGCCAGUAGUAAAGGAUGAAUGACAAGUUUGUCGUGUGCCUGACACCUAGGAACAUAGUCCACUCCUGCUUUAUCAAUACCCAAGAAGUGGUAGUUAGGUUUUGCUGGAUUAUUGUUUCUGUUUUUUUUUCUUACUGCAAAUUCUUAGAAUACAAAUGCCUAAGUGCUAUGUUUUAUAACCUUUUAUUGUAUUGUGUAUUUAUGUUUGUUAGCCCUGGGGCUCUAAUUCACUAUGGUAAGUAAAACACGGCCUGCACUGAAUCGACUACGGCUCGGCCUUACUUACCUGGCUCUGGCAUUUUACCCGUGCACUGCACCGGCCAUCCGUUUGACACCAGUCGGAAAUACGUGACGCUCAGUGAUUGUUUACCAUCUACAAAUAUGUAAAAACUACACAUAAUUAAAUAAUUUGUGUUCAUAAUUAAAAACAAAUGUGUUAAAUUAGCCUAAAUCAGGUUAUUAUGAUUAAAUUAUUGUUUAUGCUACAUUAUUAUGUACAAACAUUAAAGUUUUCGCGCCGCAAACUGGCAAAUUGGUGAUCGCCACCCUUAGCUAUAUCCUACUGGUUAAUCUGGCCCUGUAGGUGGCAUAAACAUGAAUUAUUGGAGAUGGGAUCUAUAGUUGAAAUAUUGGUAUUUAGGGCCUACUGACAGAUAUUACUAAAUAAGAUUGUAGGUUAAAGCAAAACGGAGCAGUCUGUUUAUUAGUAUAUAAUUCAAAUCAAUAUUUAUUUAAUGGGCCAUCAAAUUUACAACAGUUCUAAAAUUAACUUAUUAUUUUACAACUUACCACUAGUAUUUGCUCUCCCCACCAAUCUGGCGAGAGGUCUCAGUCGCUCCUAGGACCGACCGACGCCGAAGCCGAAUUGCUCCGUAUAGGGUGCGCCGAGCUUGACCGGUGUAGUGUGCUGCGUCUCAUUUGAUUAUGUGUAUUUUAACAUUUAAAAAAAGCCGUAGUCGACCUAGUCGACUCAGUGCGCGCCUUGCUUUAGCUAAACUCCAUUCCAUAAAAAAAUCCAUAAUAAUAAUAACAGGUGUAGUUGUCAAAAAAUCCUCGUCACACCAUCAUAUACCUUGACAAGUCCUGUAGAGUUUGAACAGAGCUUGAUCCAUCCUUGCCAAAUUAAAACUAAAGGAGGACGAGUUGAUAAGUGGCUAACUGGCUUGUUUUCCUCGUGAGCUACCUAGUUCACAGCUGCUUAUAGCAUAAGGGACAAGUAGGGUUAGUCUCUUUAAGUUGGAGGAAAGGAAAAGGGUAAUAGCGAGAGUUGUAUGGUCUACUGACCCACAAGCAGUCUUACUUGCUGGCUAGUGGCUAGCUGCUGGCUAGUUUACUUGAUGUUAGUAAACUUGACCUAUGUAAUCGAGGAUUUGGCAAACACUCCAUUAAACCCUAAAUAAUUUCUGACUAUUACCUGCUACCAAAUUUAAUAUUCUCAAUUUUGAUUUUCACCCACUAAUUUUUUAUCUACUUCUCUUCCUCCCAGUCAAACAUCUCAUUAUUCAAAUUGUUUUGCAUGUUGCCUUACAACUGCUAUCAUAACAAGAAAAAAAAAUUAGGUGUAGGGUGUCCAAGAAUAAAAGUAAAUUAAACAACCUCUUCAAUUACCAGAGUAUCUUUGGAGUGAGCCUAGUUGAAGUCCAAAUCAAAAUAUAUAAAUCAAUCUAGUCUGAAUUGUGAUCAAAUUAGUAUGUUUUAAGAUAUAAGAUUGUAGCACCAAUAGGUUCUAAACAAGUAUUAAACUAUCAAGUGUUUUGUUUUUUUCAAUGUUUUGUCUCCCUCAUAUACUUAUUUAAAAUUAUUUGAAAAAACAAAAACAUUAUAUAAUUUGUAAUUGUUUUUUAAGAUGGGAUUCGUACAACUUUUUGUAAUUAUAUUACAUUGUAUAAUAAAUAUUGCGCUGUGCCUAGAAUUUUGAUUUUUUUUCAGUGAAGAGAUAUUGAAACUGUCAUAAUAAUCUCAAUGUAACUUGUAGUCUAUGUCUUGAAAGUGCAGGAUGGGAAAGAUGAGAAGUAAUGAAUUUAAUUAAUAGUUUCAAAUUAAAUAAAGAUUUAACUUGAUUCAAUUGUGAUAUUUAUUUGAAUCUACUAUGUGUUCAUGUUGAUGUGUUUUUUUAUAUUAUCAUUUGGAUAAAUUACAGACAGGAACUACUCCCCAUUCAGAACUAAAUUGUCUUAUUUCCUUGAAUAAAUCAUCUUUUACUACCACCAAUAACAAUUGAAGUUUUACUUUAUGUGUCAGUUCUAAACCAAUUUUACUCUAAGUAGGCAUUUUUAUAGACAUUUACAACAUUUUAACCAGAAAACAGGGUGGUAGUGAUUUAAUGGAAAAGGUCCACAUUUCUUAAUAAAUAGAAUAUUUUGCUUGAACUCAUUUAGCUUAUCACAAGUUAGAUCAAUUUUUAAAUUGUCUCUAAAAAUAUAUUGGGAACAAACCAGUAGAAAACUGCUAAACCACUUUUAAAACCAAAUUACCUUCUCACAUUUUGUACAGAUAGACUGAAUGUAAUAUUUUAAUAGUAUAUUAAUUUUGUGUGUGUAAGACAUGCAUUAUGAACAUAUUGAGAACAAUAUAUUUUAGUAAGUAAAUGUACAUAUUUACUAAGAAUUGUACUUAAUGUUUUAAUUGCAUUUACUGUUAUUCCCUCUGACAAAAAGAGCGUGAAUUGCAUUUCCUCUCAAAUUGUUACUUGAUAUUAGAUAGUUGAGAAAAUUAUAUUAUACUGUUUAAAUCUAGCUGUUUAAAUUUACUGGCUUAAAAAUCGUUUACGAAUUAGGAAUUAUUAGGUAGAUUUAGAGUGCAGUAUUUAAUUUGAAAUAAUGAACAAUCAUAUAGAAACAGAACAAAAACUAGACAUACUUAACUUUUAAUAUACUCAAUUGGUUAAUUUUUUUAAUAAAACCUUAAUAAAUUGUAGAUUUUUGCCAGUCAUUAAGUAAGGUAGUUUAAAAAAAAACAAUUUGUCCAAGCUUUUUAGUGCAACAAACACAUGGUAGUCUGCAAAAGCUCUCUAGGCAUGACUAAGAAUUAUUGUAAACAUUUUGUAUUUUAUUUUUUACCUAUUUAGAAGACAAGCCAAUGUAUUACAUACCGGUUUUAUAAACAAAUAAACAUAUCUU